GCCAGUGCCUUGCAAUUUGUUUUUUUUUUUUGAGCUAAACGAGUAAACGAAUUCGAAAAAUUUCUUCAGUAACCAUUGUGCAAGCUCGCUAUUCUUGUCUAGCAGAACUUUCUUAACUAGUUUACUAAUCGUAUAGUUUCAGAACAUUGGUGUGAAAAGGAACACGAUUGUCAGAAAUAAAUUAAAGUAUGAAGAAGAUGUCAAAUUGGUAGCUUGCACCGUAAGCCAAAAACCCUGGAAAAAAUAAUAUUUCAAUUUGAGGUGGAUUGUUACCCAAGAUUAUUUCAGUAUUUCUUCACACUAUUAAUUACGAAUAUUAAAAAUUCAUAGUCUUAGUCGCAAAGAAAUCUCUUUAAUCCGAAAAAUAAUCAGAAAAGGAUAUUUGAUGACGUCGCAUACCAGAAUUACCUAAACUAGGGAUCGCCACGUGUCGCUUGGACGUACAUUUAAUUGUCGUCUGCACCACGCGUGUUCUCAGAGGGGUAUCUAGAUAAGUGUUCUCACCUUUCCUUAAUUUCUGACGUCUCUUAUGCUAAAUGGUGAAUACUAGGCCAAUCUAUUCAGACCCAACUUUAUUCUUUUGUUUUGUCUUUUGCUCGUUUUCCCAUAUUUUUGUGUGUCUGCGAUGGACAAAGAAGAUAAUGGAUCAAAACAGAGCUCCUCUGCUUCUGUAGGAUCCUCGAGAAGAAGAAGAAGAGCGGUUGAGCCAGUUGAAGCAACGUUACAGAGAUGGGGGAAGGAGGAGGACGGGGAAGGGUUGGAGAGGGUUCGCAGGGUGCAAGCAAAAGGUUCGAAGAAAGGUUGUAUGAGAGGUAAAGGCGGACCAGAGAAUCCGGUUUGUCGGUUUAGAGGUGUUCGACAAAGGGUUUGGGGGAAAUGGGUUGCUGAGAUUCGUGAGCCAGUGAGCCACCGUGGUGCAAACUCGACCCGUAGCAAACGGCUUUGGCUUGGAACGUUCGCUACUGCUGCUGAAGCCGCCUUGGCUUACGACAGAGCUGCUAGUGUCAUGUAUGGACGCUACGCCAGGCUAAAUUUCCCGGAGGGUCUUCUAGAAAAUGAGCCGGGUGGAGAAAUGAAGAAGAAAGAUGAGGCGGGAAGUUCUGGAAGCUAUUGGUUUGAACCUGACAACGUAUCUGAAGCCCGUGAUGGCAUGAUUGAAACGAAAGAUGGGAAGGAUUAUUUACUCUAUGACAACCAUAUAGAGCUUGGCCAAGACAAGAUUGAAAACCUUGAUCCUACUGAUACCAAGAUAGUGGAAACAAUGGCUUACAAUAACCCAGCAGUGAAAGCAGAGGAAGAUUACAGCUUCGAUCGAUUCGAAUUGGAUAGCGGAUUGCUGUACAAUGAACCUGAAGGCCCCAGUUAUUAUCAGGGAGGUGGAUCCGAUUCGUAUCUAGAAUUUUUUAGGUUCUAGCUAGGGUUUUUUUUUAUGCUGCAUUGAUAUACUGUAAGACUAUGUACUAUUAGUUCAUUCCGUUUUCGUUAUCUUAAGA